CGAAAGUGAGGAGAAACUCUGCUGUCAGCAUGGCUCUGAGGAGGCAAAUCAACAAGGACGUUCCCUCUGAAAGCCAACAGAUGGACGAAGACAGUCAGGAGGACGACGAUCACGACGACAAGGAUGAGUUCUCAUCAUCUCUUCUGUCGACUAUACCAACAAGAGGAACACGGAGGAAAGAGAGGGAACAAAAGUCAAAACCCAAAGAGAUGACGGAGGAGGAGAUGAUGGACUUGGCUCUGCGUCUGAGCGAGCAGGAAGCCAGCGUCACUGCACUGCAGCAGCAGGAAGAGGAAGAAGCUGUGAUGAAGGCCAUCCAGGAGAGCAUGAGCCAGACUCAACCGUGUUCGGCCUCCCAGACUCAGAUCCUGCUUCCUGAAGCCGAGGCGUCGCUCAGACUCUGCUCUCGGCGGAAACUCCUCUACUCAAACGGAGAGACGGAGUCGGAGGAGAGAUCAGGAGCAACAAAUAACAACAGGAACAAAAAGCGGAGAAGAAAAGAAGAAGGACCUCGUCUCUCUCCUCUGCUGGAGCUGCCGGAUUUAUCUCAGAGUCAGAAAAUCAGCUCUCAGGUUUCAUCCUGCAGCUCCGAGUCCGUCUGUGUGCUGCUCGACUCUCCACAGAGCUGCGACUCCACACAGAUCGACGACUCUCAGCUCGGUAAAUCUCCCGUCUUCCCGUUGACCGGCUGCAGAGCCGAGGUCCAGGUCCCUCGUCUGAGCACCGAGCUGCUGGAGACCUGCAGGAGUUCGGGGUUCGUGUUGUGCUCUCAGGACGGUUCCAGCCCGAGCCCCCAAAAGUCUCCUCCUGCUCAACACGCGAGUCCAACGUUUUCCAAAAGCCCCGGCAGCACCGCUUUGCCCGAGAGCUCGGCGCCUCGUAAAAGCCCCGUCUUCCCAGAGACUGAUCAGGGAGACGGAGACGGUGAGCAGAGUCCGGAGUAUUUAAAAAGUCCAGUAUUUGGCAGGAAUACUGAGCAUGAGACGCUUCCAAGUGCCUGCAAAGCAAGCAGUGAAAACUCAGGGUUCAUGUUCUCCUCUCAGGAGAGUUUGUGCUCCUCUGUGAGGCCCGCUUCCUGCCGCUCCAGGAGUCCCGUGUUCGUAGCUUCCCCGAAAAGUCCCGUCGCCUCGGAGACUGAGCGAGGACCGGACGGACAGACUGAGCAGAGUCACGGACGCUCAGCAAGUCCGGAGCGGAGACGAGAUGUCGAUCCUGAUCCCGAUCCUGCAGAGCUUCGAGGUUCAAGUAGUGACGAGAAUCCAGCGAACGAGUCGCAGGAAGGAGCCAAAGAUGCUUCUGUGUGUCUGCAGCAGGUCAGUCAACGCAGCCCAUGCUUUUAUUCUGAAGAGUAA